AUGGCGCUUCAGCUUCAUAUCCCAAGUUGCAUCCGGUCGCCAGUCCAUGCUCAUCAUCCGCCCCCGCCGGACAAGCCGCUUCGCAUCCAAAUUGAGGGGCCACUUCCGUCUGGGCCAUUGCUGGCGAAGCUGGCGUACCGAACAAUAUACGGCUCUGACCCUAGCCCCGGUAUUGAAAACGACAUCGUCGUGCGUGAUGAGUAUCUCGGCUGGAUCAGAGAAACUAUAGAUCAAAUAGACUACUACGGUGUUACCUUUGACCACUUAGUCCCCCAUGACGAUACGGAUCCCGAGGUGCUCCAAAUAAACAUCAUUGAGAUGGACGGAGACGGAGGCGAAUAUGCGAAUGCGUGCCUCCCAUUUGCGGUGGAUUGGAAGGAGUUCACCAGUAAAAGGAUCCUUGCGGUGCCCAGAUGCUGCCAAAUUAGAAAAGGUACUACUGGUCGUCUAAGAAUUAAUGAAGGAGUCAGAAUAAGAGAUGAGGAGGCGAAGGGGGAGGCAGCCCUCAUAGCUUCUGAUGAAGAGAGCUUAUCCACCGGGAAGAUGGGAUCGCAGAUAACAGAGGAAAGACUGCCAGAUGAGCGAUCCUGUCGUACGAACUAUCGGGUCUCCGGACUGCCCUUCCUGCCGCAAAAAAAGUGA